ACUUCAAAACACUGGACUGUGGGGAGAGGCCUUGAAUCCUGAAGACUGGGGUCUGCACUCUUGGGUGAAGAACAGCCCUUCAUUGCCUCACCCCUGAGGGCCCCCAGGCAUGGUUUCUGAGACCUCCUCACUCUUGAAACUUCCUGGCUAUUCCUGCCCUUCUCAACUCUAGGAAGCAUGACUGAUACUCCAAAGGAGGGAAAACUGACCAGAUUUCUGGACUUCACGCAGCUGAUUGAUUUGGCCUCUGAGUGCGUGGGAGGAAAGGUUUUGUUUGCGACGGAUGACUUUUUCGGUCCUGCAGAGAAUCUCAUAAAGAGCGACAGUCCAACUUUUAAGGAACAUGAAUACACUGAGUUUGGCAAAUGGGUGGAUGGAUGGGAGACCAGACGUAAGCGAAUUCCAGGUCAUGACUGGUGUGUCAUCCAACUGGGGAUACAGGGCAUUAUUCGUGGUAUCGACGUGGACAUUUCUUACUUCUCAGGGAACCAUGCUCCUCGCAUGUCAAUCCAAGCAGCGAACCUGAGUGAAGAAGAUACAAUGUCAAACAUCCCACCAAGGGGAGUUAGGAUGGGAACUGCAGCGACGCCUGAGGAGUUUGAAGCCGUUACUGAGCUGAAAUCACACUCCUGGGAUUACCUGGUUCCCAUGUCGGAGCUUAAGCUAGGGGACCCUGACUCCAGCCACAACUAUUAUUUUGUUAAUUCCCAGCAGAGAUGGACUCAUAUAAGACUCAACAUCUUCCCAGAUGGUGGUGUUGCACGCCUUCGAGUAUACGGUACUGGACAGAGGGACUGGGCUGCAUUGGAUUCCACAGAACCUGUAGACCUGGUAGCCAUUGCUUUUGGGGGUGUCUGUGUGGGAUUUAGUAAUGCACACUUUGGACAUCCAAAUAAUAUGAUAGGUGUCGGUGAACCCAAGUCCAUAGCAGAUGGUUGGGAAACUGCAAGAAGACUGGACAGACCCCCGGUGUUAGAAGCUAGUGAGAAUGGCCUUCUCCUGGUCCCGGGUUGUGAGUGGGCAGUGUUCCGAUUGGCACAUCCUGGAGUCAUCACUCAAAUUGAAAUUGAUACGAAGUACUUUAAAGGCAACUGUCCCAACAGCUGCAAAGUGGAUGGGUGCAUCCUGACCACACUGGAAGAGGAAGACAUGAUCAGGCAUAAUUGGAAUCUUCCUGCCCAUAAGUGGAAGUCGUUGCUUCCAGUCACCAAGCUAAUUCCCAACCAAAAUCACUUGUUGGACAGCCUGACCCUGGAGCUUCAGGAUGUCAUCACUCAUGCCAUGAUUACCAUUGCCCCUGAUGGCGGUGUCAGCCGCCUUCGGCUCAAGGGUUUCCCUAGUUCCAUCUGUUUGCUGCGGCCCCUCCGGGAGAAGCCCUUGCUGCGGUUCUCUCUUAAAACGGGAUUCAGGGCGAACCUUUAAAGAGCUCAUCCACCAUAGUACAUACCCACUGUCUUCAGUGUUCUGAACACCUGGUGGUUCCAAUAAAACGAUCACCCCACAAA